UCGCAGCCAAACGCACCCGGCGCCGCGGAUCUGCUCUGCUCGGCGCGACCAUGCUUCAAACCCAGUGAACAGUUUUUUCCGCCAAAGUUGUCCAAAAUGCACGCGACCCUCUUUGUCCUGCUGCUCGCCCUGCAAGGAGGUUUGGCGGUGAAGGAGGCGCGGCUGGUGACACGCCCGGGCGGCGGCGUGGUGCGUCGCGGCAGCGCCGUCACGCUGGUGUGCGAGUACGACCUGGAGGGCGCGCCGCUCUACUCGGUCAAGUGGUACCGCGGCACCCGCGAGUUUUUCCGCCACACGCCCGUCGACAGCCCCUCCACCAAGCUCUUCCCCUUCCACGGCCUCCACGUUGACAAUGCUGAGUCUGACGGCAACAAAGUGCGACUGGUGGACGUGGGAUUCAAUCUGUCCGGCAACUACAGCUGCGAGGUGUCCGCCGACGCGCCCUCCUUCAGCACGGCCUUCGUCUCGCAAUACAUCACCGUCGUCGCCCUGCCUGAAAAGAGACCUUUGCUGACUGCCGAGCGACCUGACUACGAAGUGGGUGACCUCCUCAGGGCUAACUGCAGCUCGGGCCCUUCCAGACCGCCCGCCAAUCUCACGUUCUAUGUCAAUGAUAUGCCUGUGGGUGAAGAGGGUGUGCGUCGGUGGGAGUCGCGGGUGUCAACGGACGGGACGGAGGCAUCGCAGGCGAGCCUCGAGCUCAAGCUGCGGCCGUUCCACUUCACCGCGCUCAGCCGCGUCGUCGUCCGCUGCGACGCCACCGUCCUCGGCGUCUACGCGGACACGGCCAAGGUCGUCGUCAGGUCGCGCAUCGACGUGCCGCCCUUCGCCAGGGACACGCCGGUCAGCAGCGCCGCUGGCAUCGAACCAAAACCUGAAAGAGUGACUUUGCCAAACCGGACAGGCUCUUUCUUGGUGAGCGGGUCUUCGUGGAGGACAUGUCUGGUCCUGUCGGUGGCGUCCCUUCUGGUCAUGUGCAGCUAGUCAGUCACUAUCCAACUAAUUAUCACUUUCGCCGACUGCAGAUAAAGAAAAAGAAGCGAGUGUAAUUGACUCUGUUGUGAGAGUGACCGUUUUAGAAUUUCCUUCUUUUUGUAUAAAAAAAAUAAUGCCUCUUUUUGAGUGAAAGCAGCAUUUGCUUGUGUGUGCCAAUAUUUAAAAAAAAUAUGGAUUUAAGAUGUUUCCCAUGUUAUAUCAUAAGGUGUAAAUCGAGAAAUUAGGUGGCUAAAAUUUUCACCUCCAUUGAAAAAUUAAGAGAAAUCUGCGCAAAAUAUUCAUCAUUAUUUUUAAGCCUAAUAAAGUCGAUGGACAUGAUUCACAUGAUUUAUUAAAAUAUAAAUGUUAGACAAUGUGAGAAAAACUAGCAAACUGUGUGUUGCGUAGUAUCUGAAGAGUGAAAACAAAGAGCUGAAAUCUCAUUCAUCUCAUCAAAUUCAGCUAGUACCUAAAAAAAAAACUAUCUGCCAAGAAAAUAAUCUGGAAAAAUGUAUUUGAAAUUAACUUGUUGUAUACUUUCAUUAUUCACAGAAAUCAGAAGGUAGUAAUUUGGAAUUUUGAAUAAAUUUCGCCAGAAAAGAUUAAAUUCUCCAGCUUCGCCAUAAUAAUUCAGUCUCUAAUUUGAUGUACAAAUAUUCCAAUAAAUCAUGUUCUCAUUUUCUCAAGAAAUGAUUUUUAAUAUAAGUGUUAAAUGAAUAUAUGAAAUGUGUGUUUCUGCUGAUAAUUCUCCCCAGAGGAAAAAAAUUUCAGCUGGAUAAGAAACAUGAUUUAAUAAUAGUUGUUUCAUUAUUUUAAGAGCAGCCAAUUCCAAUAAUUGAAAGUUAAAAAAUCACAAACUAAAACCUUUUUGAUAGAACAAAAUUUGCUUUUCCUUAAUAAAAUAAGAGACAAUAUUAAAAGAUGAGCUCCCUACUUUUGUAUUGAUUUCUAUAUGUGUACGUUAAGUUUGAGAUUAUUCCUAAAUGGCUUAAUAAAUGAAAGACCAG